AAACAACAUUAAUAUUUGCAUUGCACCUCCUUCUUUUGCUCUCUCUGUGGUACUUCAUGGAGUUGUUCAAACUUUACUAUCUUUGCAUUUUCAUCUUUUUCUUCUCCUUUGUCUUGACCAAAGGCCUAUCUUCAACACACAAUGAUUCAUUAGCUUCUUCUUCUUCUUCACCAGAUGUUGUGCUUCUCUUGGGAAAGAUCAAAGCUUCAUUACAAGGUAACACUGAGAACUUACUGUUAUCUUCAUGGAACUCUUCUGUUCCACUUUGCCAAUGGAGAGGGCUUAAAUGGGUCUUCUCCAAUGGGACUCCUCUUUCUUGCACUGCCCUUUCUUCACCACAAUGGACUAAUCUCUCUCUUUCCAAGGACACAUCUUUGCACCUUGUUUCACUUCAGCUCCCCUCUGCUAAUCUCACUGGUUCUUUGCCUAGAGAGCUUGGUGAAUUCUCUUUGCUUCAAAGCCUUUACCUUAACUUCAACUCACUGAGUGGGACUAUCCCUCUUGAGCUUGGUUACAGCUCCUCAUUAUCUGAUGUUGAUCUGAGUAACAACUUGCUCAGUGAGGCUUUAGGUCCAUCAAUAUGGAACUUGUGUGAUAGACUUGUUUCUCUUAAAGUUCAUGGCAAUUCAUUAUCUGGUUCUGUCCCUGAACCAGCAUUACCAAGUUCCACCUGUAAGAAUCUCCAGUCCCUUGAUUUGGGUAGCAACAAGUUUUUUGGGGUUUUCCCAGAGUUCAUUACUAGGUUUAAAGCUCUUAAAGAGCUUGAUCUUUCGGGUAACAUGCUUUCUGGUCAAAUUCCAGAGAGUUUAGCCACUUUAAGCCUUGAAAAGUUGGACCUUUCCCACAAUAACUUCACUGGGAUGUUGCCUGUUUUUGCUCAAAGAAAGUUUGGUCCGGAGGCUUUUGAAGGGAACAAUCCAGGGCUAUGUGGAUUGCCUUUAAAUAGUUGUAGUGACGGGUCACAACUGAGUCCGGGUGCAAUUGCCGGCAUCGUGAUCGGUCUAAUGAGUGGAGUAGUACUCUUGGCAUCAUUGUUCAUUGGCUAUAUGCAAAACAGGAAGAGGAGCAGUGGUGGAGAUAGUGAAGAGGAAGGCGAGGAAGGCGAGGAAACUGAAGAUGAUGUCGGCGUCGGGGGAGUUACCGCAGAGAGCAAGCUUAUUUUGUUCCAAGGCGGCGAGCUUUUGACGUUAGAGGAUGUACUGAAUGCAACUGGCCAAGUCAUGGAGAAGACGAAUUAUGGAACUGUUUAUAAGGCAAAGCUUGCUGAUGGUGGAAAUAUAGCAUUGAGGUUGCUGAGUGAAGUCAGUUGCAAGAACCGGAGUUCGUGUCUGCCAGUUAUAAGACAGCUUGGAAAGAUUAGACAUGAGAAUUUGGUUCCACUGAGAGCUUUCUAUCAGGGGAAGAGAGGGGAGAAGCUUCUUAUUUAUGACUAUCUGCCAAAUAGAAGCCUACAUGACUUUUUACAUGAAUCAAGAGCAGGAAAGCCAUUUCUGAACUGGGCUCGGCGGCACAAGAUUGCAUUGGGCAUAGCCAAAGGAUUAGCACAUCUUCAUACAGGUGUCGAGACGCCGAUCACCCAUGGGAAUGUUCGGUCCAAAAAUGUGCUUGUAGAUGACUUCUUUGUGGCCAGGCUGACUGAGUAUGGACUCGACAAGCUAAUGAUCCCGGCUGUAGCUGAUGAAAUGGUGGCCGUUGCAAAGACCGAAGGUUACAAGGCACCAGAACUUCAAAGUAUGAAGAAAUGCAACAGCAGAACAGAUGUUUAUGCAUUCGGGAUACUGUUAUUGGAGAUUUUGAUAGGCAAGAAGCCCGGGAAAAAUGGGAGAGGCCAUGAUGCUGGGGAUUUGCCCUCGAUUGUGAAAGCAGCAGUUUUGGAAGAGACGACAAUGGAGGUUUUCGACGUAGAAGUGUUGAAAGGUAUCCGGAGUCCUAUGGAAGACGGAUUAGUUCAGGCACUAAAGCUUGCAAUGGGAUGCUGUGCUCCAGUAACUUCGGUGAGACCCUCCAUGGAUGAAGUUGUGAAGCAGCUUGAAGAAAACAGACCAAGGAACAGAUCAGCUCUAUAUAGCCCCACAGAAACAAGGAGUGAAGUUGGCACCCCAUUUUGAGCUCUGUUUAAGUAUUUUUCAUCAAAUUAUCACCUUUUAUUUGCCUUACUGGUAUUAAUAUCUGCUUAUCUAGCAGGAAGUGAUAGUGAAUGAUUAAUGAUCUAAUGUUUCUUGAGAAAGCUUAUACUGGAUCUC